CGGGCGCAGGGCGCAGGGGCGGGAGUGCGGGGGAAGACGCACGGGCGGGCUCGGCUCUCCCGGGGAGCGGCCCGGGACUGCACCGGGACCCGCGCCUCCCCGCUCCGCGCUGCCCUCGGCCUCGCCCCGGGCCCGGGCGGAUGAGCCGCGCGCCCGGGGGACAUGGAAGCGCUGACGCUGUGGCUUCUUCCCUGGAUAUGCCAGUGCGUUACGGUGCGGGCCGACUCCAUCAUCCACAUCGGUGCCAUCUUCGAGGAGAACGCAGCCAAGGACGACAGGGUGUUCCAGUUGGCUGUAUCAGACCUGAGCCUCAAUGAUGACAUCCUGCAGAGUGAGAAGAUCACUUACUCCAUCAAGGUCAUCGAGGCCAAUAACCCGUUCCAGGCAGUGCAGGAAGCCUGUGACCUCAUGACCCAGGGAAUUUUGGCCUUGGUCACAUCCACAGGCUGUGCAUCUGCCAACGCCCUGCAGUCCCUCACAGAUGCCAUGCACAUCCCACACCUCUUUGUCCAGCGCAACCCCGGGGGUUCACCACGAACUGCCUGCCACCUGAACCCUAGCCCUGACGGGGAGGCCUACACACUGGCUUCGAGACCACCUGUCCGUCUCAAUGACGUCAUGCUCAGGCUGGUGACAGAGCUGCGCUGGCAGAAGUUCGUCAUGUUCUAUGACAGCGAAUAUGAUAUCCGUGGGCUCCAAAGCUUUCUGGACCAGGCCUCACGGCUGGGCCUCGACGUCUCUUUACAAAAGGUGGACAAGAAUAUCAGUCACGUGUUCACCAGUCUCUUCACCACCAUGAAGACAGAGGAGCUGAACCGCUACCGGGACACGCUGCGCCGUGCCAUCUUACUGCUUAGCCCACAAGGGGCCCACUCCUUCAUCAAUGAGGCUGUGGAGACCAACCUGGCUUCCAAGGACAGCCAUUGGGUCUUUGUGAAUGAGGAAAUCAGUGACCCCGAGAUCCUGGAUCUGGUCCACAGUGCCCUUGGCAGGAUGACCGUGGUCCGACAAAUCUUCCCAUCUGCAAAGGACAACCAGAAAUGCAUGAGGAACAACCAUCGCAUCUCUUCCCUGCUCUGUGAUCCACAGGAAGGCUACCUCCAAAUGCUGCAGAUCUCCAAUCUCUACCUGUAUGACAGUGUUCUGAUGCUGGCCAACGCCUUCCACAGGAAGUUGGAGGACCGGAAAUGGCACAGUAUGGCAAGCCUUAACUGCAUAAGAAAGUCUACCAAGCCAUGGAAUGGAGGGAGAUCCAUGUUAGACACGAUUAAAAAGGGACACAUCACUGGCCUCACAGGAGUUAUGGAGUUUCGGGAAGACAGCUCGAAUCCCUACGUCCAGUUUGAAAUCCUUGGCACAACCUAUAGUGAGACCUUCGGUAAAGACAUGCGCAAGCUGGCGACCUGGGACUCGGAGAAGGGCUUGAAUGGCAGUCUGCAGGAAAGGCCCAUGGGCAGUCGCCUCCAAGGACUGACUCUCAAAGUGGUGACUGUCUUGGAAGAGCCUUUUGUGAUGGUGGCUGAGAACAUCCUUGGACAGCCCAAACGUUACAAAGGGUUCUCCAUAGAUGUGCUGGAUGCAUUGGCUAAGGCUUUGGGAUUCAAGUAUGAAAUAUACCAGGCCCCUGAUGGCAGGUAUGGUCACCAGCUUCAUAACACCUCCUGGAACGGGAUGAUCGGGGAGCUCAUUAGCAAGAGAGCAGACUUGGCCAUCUCGGCUAUCACCAUCACCCCAGAGAGGGAGAGUGUUGUGGACUUCAGCAAGCGCUACAUGGACUACUCUGUCGGGAUCCUCAUCAAGAAACCCGAGGAGAAAAUCAGCAUCUUCUCCCUCUUUGCCCCCUUUGAUUUCGCGGUGUGGGCCUGCAUUGCAGCUGCCAUCCCUGUGGUUGGUGUGCUCAUAUUCGUGUUGAACCGGAUACAGGCUGUGCGGGCUCAGAGCGCUGCCCAACCACGACCUUCUGCUUCUGCCACCCUGCACAGUGCCAUCUGGAUUGUCUAUGGAGCCUUUGUUCAGCAAGGUGGUGAGUCGUCUGUGAACUCUGUGGCCAUGCGCAUUGUGAUGGGCAGCUGGUGGCUCUUCACCCUCAUUGUGUGUUCCUCCUACACAGCCAACCUUGCUGCUUUCCUCACAGUGUCCAGGAUGGACAACCCCAUAAGGACGUUUCAGGACCUGUCCAAGCAACUGGAGAUGUCUUAUGGCACCGUGCGGGAUUCUGCUGUAUACGAGUACUUCAGAGCCAAGGGUACCAAUCCCCUGGAGCAGGACAGCACUUUUGCUGAGCUCUGGCGGACCAUAAGCAAGAAUGGAGGUGCCGACAACUGUGUAUCCAGUCCUUCAGAAGGCAUCAGAAAGGCCAAGAAGGGGAACUACGCGUUUCUGUGGGAUGUGGCCGUGGUGGAGUACGCAGCCCUGACAGAUGACGACUGCUCCGUGACUGUCAUCGGCAACAGCAUCAGCAGCAAGGGCUACGGGAUUGCCCUGCAGCAUGGCAGCCCCUACAGGGACCUCUUCUCCCAGAGGAUCCUGGAGCUGCAAGACACAGGGGACCUGGAUGUGCUCAAGCAGAAGUGGUGGCCGCACACAGGCCGCUGUGACCUCACCAGCCAUUCCAGUGCCCAGGCUGAGGGAAAAUCCCUUAAACUACACAGCUUUGCCGGGGUCUUCUGCAUCUUGGCCAUCGGCCUCCUCCUUGCCUGCCUCGUGGCUGCUCUAGAGUUAUGGUGGAAUAGCAACCGGUGCCACCAGGAGACCCCCAAAGAGGACAAAGAGGUGAAUCUGGAACAGGUGCACCGACGCAUCAAUAGCCUCAUGGAUGAAGACAUUGCUCACAAGCAAAUUUCCCCAGCAUCCAUUGAGCUCUCUGCCCUGGAGAUGGGGGGUCUGGCUCCAAGCCAAGCUUUGGAGCCCACGCGGGAGUAUCAGAACACCCAACUCUCGGUCAGCACCUUUCUGCCUGAACAAAGCAGCCAUGGCACCAGCCGGACACUGUCGUCAGGGCCCAGCAGCAACCUGCCACUGCCACUGAGCAGCUCAGCCACCAUGCCCACGAUUCAGUGCAAACACAGGUCGCCCAAUGGAGGACUGUUCCGACAGAGCCCUGUGAAGACCCCAAUCCCCAUGUCAUUUCAGCCCGUGCCUGGAGGUGUCCUUCCAGAGGCUCUGGACACCUCUCAUGGCACCUCCAUUUGACCGUCGCCUGCCCUCUUGCCCGUCUGCCCACCCACCCGACCAGCAGAGCUUUUUAAUACAAGAAAAUGACAACACAGACCACACACACACACACACACACACACACACACGGACUCUUUCAUUUUUCUUGUACAUAAAUGUAAAUAAUGACAGAAUGGAGUGGGGUAAAAGUGUAUUUUGAAUAUUCCCAAUUUUCGAAGUCAGUAAAAAACAAAAAAACCAACAAAAACUGUAUGAAUGACUUUGUAAAUUUUGUUCUAUAUGAAUAAAAAGGCAAAUUACUUGUGAUCAUUCUGAAGUGCCAAAGGAGCCCCCUAUUCCUGGACCCUUCCGAGGGCAGGAAGGACCAUCGGAAAAGAAGCUCCUGGCUGCUGGGGAGGAAAGAAGAUGUGGAGGAGCCCCGAAUGCCGCUUGCUGCUGUGCCAACAGCUUUCCCUCUUGUCCUUCCUUACAAGUCCCUCAUUAUUCCUUCGGUGUCUUUGGGUGGAUUCAGUAUGUGCCUGAGUCUGGAGCCUAGGUUGUGUGGACCCAUCUGGUCCCUGACCUGUAGGCUGACAUGCCCUAGACAUGGCGCUGGACAAUCAGGCUCAAGAUGUUGAGGUCGCUGUGUGUCACAGUGUGUAGCAUGCAACUGUCCCCAAGGCCUCAGAAAAGAUGCCCAUAUUGAGGUCACAGUCUCUGAGGCUUUGAUAUCAAUAUGUUUGAACAGGAUAUUAUUGGUCUUUUUUUU